AUGAGGUCUUUAUCUUGUGUUAGGUGUAAUCUUGCCGAUGAAUCUCUUGAUCAUAUUCUCACGGCAUGUCCCUUUUCCAUGGAGGUUUGGGAUUUAAUUGGAUCUUGGUGUAAGGUAAACCUUUUUUAUGCUUUUCAUGUCCAUGACUUAUACACCUUUCAUUAUUCUCGAGCUGGGGAUAAAAAUUGGAAGAAAAUGCUCAACGCCAUUAUUCUUAUUGCUAUUUGGAGCCUCUGGAAAUCGAGGAAUGAUGCGGUGCAUAAUAUGGUAUUUUCUACUGCUCAUAUGAUCUUUGAAGAAAUUAGAUCCAUGGCGUUUUUAUGGAUUCCGAAUAGAGCUAAAAAAGUGGAGUUAGAUUGGGAUAGUUGGUGUAGUAAGCCAUGUAUUUCUUGA